GACAGGGGCGGGGUAAGGCUGGGCCUUGGGGCUACUGGGCUCGGCUGGGGCUGAGUCCUGCACUCACUCCCUCUCUGCUUCUGCCAAAACUGCUGCCUCUUCUAUUCCUUCUGCCCGGACCCCUGGAACCCAGUUGGAAGACACAGAAGACAACACUGUAACAGGAGGAAACUGAGGCCCAAAGAGGGGAAGAGACUUCCCUAAGAUCACAAAGCAAGCACACUCCCACCAAGAAGCCAAGAUGUCGAGCAAACGGGCCAAGGCUAAAACCACAAAAAAGCGUCCCCAGAGGGCCACGUCCAAUGUUUUUGCCAUGUUUGACCAGUCUCAGAUUCAGGAAUUCAAGGAGGCUUUCAACAUGAUUGACCAGAAUCGAGAUGGAUUCAUUGACAAGGAGGAUCUCCAUGACAUGCUGGCCUCCCUUGGGAAGAACCCUACAGAUGAAUACCUAGAAGGGAUGAUGAGUGAGGCCCCUGGGCCCAUCAAUUUUACCAUGUUCCUGACCAUGUUUGGAGAGAAGUUGAAUGGGACGGACCCCGAGGAUGUUAUCCGAAAUGCUUUUGCCUGCUUUGAUGAGGAGGCCUCAGGAGUCAUCCACGAGGACCACCUUCGGGAGCUGCUCACCACCAUGGGUGACCGAUUCACAGAUGAGGAGGUGGAUGAGAUGUAUCGAGAGGCACCCAUUGACAAGAAGGGCAACUUCAACUAUGUGGAGUUCACCCGGAUCCUGAAACAUGGGGCCAAGGACAAAGAUGACUAAUCACCACACUCUCCUAGUUCCUUGUGCCUACCACACCCUUGCCACCCCACUCCCACCUUCCAUGCUCCUCAUGCCCCUUGCGUUCCACACGGCUGCCAUGUACCAGGAAGGUUGAUGAGCUCUUGCCUGGACCUAGAUCUGACACAUUUGCAGAACAAGAAGGCUGAGAGCCCCCGGGCUUUGGGGGAUGGGUGUCCCUUGGCUCUAGUUGAAGGGGAUAGGACCUCAGGCUUCUAGCUUUCCUGAGGGGACAUUCAGGGGAAGGUGGAGCUCUUCCUUGGCAAGUACCAACCCUGGGUUCCAGGAGAUACUUGCUUCACCACUUAUCCCCCCAUACUACAGUCCAAAGCCCCAAACAAGGGAAGGACCAGUCCAAGUCAGCUGACCAAAGAUGACCACCUGCCUUUUUCCAAUGGCCUCCAGGGACCAACUUUCCCUCACACCUGGUCCCUUGCCACCGCCUUAUCUGGUUAGUGUGGAAGAAGGGCAUAUUUCAUGAUGACACAUUUCUUGUUCUUAUAAGGGGACCCUAAAACAUUCCUCCUCCUCUGUUGUGUCCCCUGCACACACCCUGCCCCUUCAACAUCAUUCACCUGCCUCACAGAAGGUACACAAAGGAGAGAAGCAUGGCACAAACACCCUGUCCAGCUUCCAGACAGGGCAUCCAAGGAAGUGUAUCAUAUUGGGUGUGCACCCAUGCAUGUUAAAGUGUAUGGCUUGUGUGAAUCCAUGUGUAUGUGUGAUUAUAUGUUUAUGUACGUGUACUUUUGUGUAAUGUAAUGUGUUCAGGUGCAAGGCGUAACACUGACUUUAGUUUUGGGGAAGAAAGAGAAAGAAAGACUACCCAAAAUAGAAAACACUCGCCCAAGUUGA